GUCCGGGCCGGGAGCGCGCAGGGCGAUGCGGGGCGCGGGGCUCCCCGAGGGCGCGGCCGGGGCGCGAGGUCCCCGCGGGCGCCCGGCCCCGCCGCUGCCGCCGCUGCUGCUGCUGCUGCUGCUGCUGCCGCCGCCCCGGGCCGCGGGCUUCAACCUGGACGCCCAGGCCCCCGCCGUGCUCUCGGGGCCGCCGCGCUCCUUCUUCGGCUUCGCCGUGGACUUCUACCGGCCGGGGGCGCGCGGGGUCAGCGUGCUGGUGGGCGCGCCCAAGGCUAACACCAGCCAGCCGGGAGUGCUGCAGGGGGGUGCCGUCUACCUCUGCCCCUGGGGCGCCGGCCGGGGCCACUGCACACCCAUUGAAUUUGACAGUAAAGGCUCUCGGGUCCUGGAGUCGUCGGUGUCCAGCCCGGACGGGGAGGAGCCUGUGGAGUACAAGUCCUUGCAGUGGUUCGGAGCGACGGUUCGAGCCCACGGCUCCUCCAUCCUGGCCUGCGCGCCCCUGUAUAGCUGGCGCACGGAGAAGGAGCCGCUGAGCGAUCCCGUGGGCACCUGCUACCUCUCCACGGACAAUUUCACCCGAAUUCUGGAGUACGCACCUUGCCGCUCAGACUUCAGCUGGGCCGCGGGACAGGGCUACUGCCAAGGGGGCUUCAGCGCGGAGUUCACCAAGACCGGACGUGUGGUCCUGGGUGGGCCAGGGAGCUACUUCUGGCAAGGCCAGAUCCUGUCUGCCACGCAGGAGCAGAUCGCAGAGUCCUAUUACCCCGAGUAUCUGAUCAACCUGGUUCAGGGGCAGCUGCAGACCCGCCAGGCCAGCUCCAUCUACGACGACAGCUACCUGGGGUACUCUGUGGCGGUGGGCGAGUUCAGCGGUGACGACACGGAGGACUUUGUCGCUGGCGUGCCCAAGGGGAACCUCACCUACGGUUACGUCACCAUCCUCAAUGGCUCAGACAUCCGGUCCCUCUACAACUUCUCAGGAGAACAGAUGGCCUCCUACUUCGGCUACGCGGUGGCGGCCACAGACACCAACGGGGACGGGCUGGACGACUUGCUGGUGGGGGCACCUCUGCUCAUGGAGCGGACGGCUGAUGGGCGGCCUCAGGAGGUGGGCAGGGUCUACAUCUACCUGCAGCACCCGGCUGGCAUGGAGCCCACACCCACCCUGACCCUCACCGGCCAAGAUGAAUUUGGCCGAUUUGGCAGCUCCUUGACGCCCCUGGGGGACCUGGACCAGGACGGCUACAACGACGUCGCCGUCGGAGCGCCCUUUGGCGGAGAGACCCAGCAGGGAGUGGUGCUCAUCUUCCCCGGGGGCCCCGGGGGGCCGGGCUCUCAGCCGUCCCAGGUUCUGCUGCCCCUGUGGGCAGCCGGCCACACGCCACACUUCUUCGGCUCUGCGCUUCGAGGAGGCCGAGACCUGGACGGCAACGGAUACCCGGAUCUGAUUGUGGGCUCCUUCGGUGUGGACAAGGCUGUGGUGUACAGGGGUCGCCCCAUUGUGUCUACCAGCGCCUCCCUCACCAUCUUCCCCGCCAUGUUCAACCCCGAGGAGCGCAGCUGCAGCUUGGAGGGGAGCCCCGUGGCCUGCAUCAACCUCAGCUUCUGCCUCAACGCUUCCGGGAAGCACGUUCCUGAUUCCAUCGGCUUCACGGUGGAGCUCCAGCUGGACUGGCAGAAGCAGAAGGGGGGCGUUCGGCGGGCACUGUUCCUGGCCUCCAGACAGGCGACCCUGACCCAGACCCUCCUCAUCCAGAACGGGGCUCGGGAGGACUGCAGAGAGAUGAAGGUCUACCUCAGGAACGAGUCCGAGUUCCGCGACAAGCUGUCCCCGAUUCACAUCGCCCUCAACUUCUCCCUGGACCCCCGAGCCCCCGUGGACGCCCAUGGCCUCCGGCCAGUCUUGCAUUAUCAGAGCAAGAGCCGCAUAGAAGACAAGGCUCAGAUCUUGCUGGACUGUGGAGAGGACAACAUCUGCGUGCCGGACCUGCAGCUGGAAGUGUUCGGGGACCAGAACCGCGUGUACCUGGGCGACAAGAACUCCCUGAACCUGACUUUCCACGCCCAGAACGCGGGUGAGGGCGGCGCCUAUGAGGCCGAGCUGCGGGUCACGGCCCCUCCAGAGGCCGAGUACUCAGGACUCGUCAGAAACCCGGGGAACUUCUCCAGCCUGAGCUGCGACUACUUUGCGGUGAACCAGAGCCGCCUGCUGGUGUGUGACCUGGGCAACCCCAUGAAGGCCGGAGCGAGUAUCUGGGGUGGCCUCCGGUUCACGGUCCCUCAUCUCCGGGACACGAAGAAAACCAUCCAGUUCGACUUCCAGAUUCUCAGCAAGAAUCUCAACAACUCCCAAAGCGAAGUGGUCUCCUUCCCGCUCUCGGUGGAGGCUUCCGCCCAGGUCUCCCUUAACGGGGUCUCCAAGCCCGAGGCGGUGCUCUUCCCGGCGAGCGACUGGCGUCCCCGAGAGCAGCCUCAGGAGGAGGGAGACGUGGGCCCUGCUGUGCAGCACGUCUAUGAGCUCAUCAACCAGGGCCCCAGCUCCAUCAGCCGGGGUGUGCUGGAGCUCAGCUGUCCCCGGACCCUGGAGGGUCAGCAGCUUCUCUACGUGACCAGGGUUGAAGGCCUCAGCAACUGCACCAGCAGUCACCCCCCCAACCCAGAGAGCCUGGAGUUGGAUCCGGAGGGUCCCCAGCACCACCGGCUACAAAGACGGGAAGCGCCAGGCCGGGGCCCGGGCUCCUCGGGACCUCAGAUCCUGAAAUGCCCCGAGGCCGAGUGCUUCAGGCUGCGCUGUGAGCUGGGGCCGCUGCACCGCCAGGAGAGCCGAAGUCUGCAGCUGCAUUUCCGAGUCUGGGCCAAGACCUUCCUGCAACGGGAGCACCAGCCGUUCAGCCUGCAGUGCGAAGCUGUGUACGAAGCCCUGAGGAUGCCCUACCGGAUCCUGCCCCAGCAGCUUCCCCGAAGGGAACUUCAGGUGGCCACGGCUGUGCAGUGGACCAAGGCGGAAGGCAGCCACGGCGUCCCGCUGUGGAUCAUUAUCCUUGCCAUCCUCGUUGGCCUCCUGCUCCUAGGUCUGCUCAUCUAUAUCCUCUACAAGCUCGGAUUCUUCAAACGCUCCCUCCCAUACGGCACCGCCAUGGAAAAAGCUCAACUCAAGCCACCUGCCACCUCUGAUGCCUGACCCCUCCCGAACCCAGACUCCCAAUCCUCAAGGCCCAGUCCCCCCACCCUCAGUCUACUGACAGGGAGGGGGCUGGGCACUUCCUGAAGGUGCUGAGGGCCAGGGAGAAGCUCCUCUCCCAGCCUAGAGACAUACUUGAAGGGCCAGAGCCGGGAGGCGAGGAGCUGGGGAUCCCCUCCCCCCAUGCACUGUGAAGGACCCUCGUUUACACACGCCCUCCUCAUGGGUAAGGGAACUCAGAUCCAGGGACAGAGGCCCCAGCCUCCCUGUAGCCUUUGCAUUUUGGAGAAAGUUUCCUGAAAACAACUUGGAACCAGACCUGGGGAAUCCGAUCCCAGUUCUCUGGGCCAGAUGUGCCACCAGGACUUCCUGUCCAGCUCCAGCCUGCAAAGAUCUAUCCUCAGUCUUGCCAGAGAUCCACGGGAAGCCCCCAGCUAAGAACCUGGAACCUGGGGAGUGAGACCUGGAAACUCUGGACAGCCCCCACCCCGGUGGGCCAACAAGGAACACUAACCGUGGAUGGUGCCCCAGGCCCAGCUCAGGACAGAUCCCAAACAAGGAUCACGCUGGCUCAGAACCAGCUCCAAGAGGACUCAGAACUCUCACGGGGCCAGAUCGAACCUGGGGCCCGGGGUUGAUCUGGGACCCAGACUCAGACGUUGGUAACCUAACCAGGCAGAUCCAGGACUACAUCUGAGCCUGUUCCAGACCUGGGCCUGGAGGCCCGAUCCACCUCUGACUUGGGAGAAGUCAGGAAUUGCCCAGGACCCUGAGGGGGCCACGAUGGUAACAGAUCUGGAACCUCGGCCUGGCCAGAUGCAGGCCCUCCCCGUCCCCCAGAAAGAGGGAAGCCCACUGUCCUGGGCCUGCAGGAUUUGGGUCCUGCCCACUAGCUGCACUGACGCUGCCCCUUUCUCCCUGCCCAACUUCCCCUCACCUCAGCUCCGGACAUCCGGGACUUAUUUAAACUCUGUUGCAAGUGCAAUAAACCCGGCCCGGUGCCCCCACUGACCAGA